AUGCAAAGGACGUGCAGAUGCAAGAGUUUCAGGUGUGUGUUGUGGCUGAGUGCUGUGCUUCUUACUCUGGUCCAUGGAAACAACUUGAGUCAACAGUUCCAGGAGUGGCCAUCCUGCCAGCCAGGUUUUUAUUGCCCUUUGGGGAGCCUCAUUCCAGUCCCUUGUCCCAGAGGAACCUAUGGGCCAACUUCUGGGGCUGUGUCCAUUGACAGCUGUCUGAAGUGUCCUCCUCACCACUACUGUCCUAGACCAGGCCUGUCCGCUUCCCUGCCCUGUGGCACUGUGGCUCGGCAGCCUCUCUCUGGUCACGACACAUGCGUCUGUCUGGGAGAAGGCCAGAAAUUCCAGACCAGUGAUGGGGAGUGCCACUGCACCAUCGGCUACCAAUCUACCAACGGAGGAGAUGCCUGUGUACACAAACUCUACCAUGUCUGCAGAGACGGAAGAACUCGUACACAGUAUGGAGACUGCCUGGACAGAUAUCAGUGGUCACUUCACUGCAGGCAGCAGGUAUGUCAAUCUGCAGAGGACUACCUGGGUUACGAUGGGGAGCUGGGUCUGUGUGUCUGCAGAGAGCCUCCUGGAAGAGCUGCGUGUGGAGGCCUUUGUUCGAGAAGGCCAGCUUCUGAGCUAAAGCUCAACUGCCAGUCCAAUAGAGACAUGGAGCUGGUGUGGAGCUAUGACAGUCAGAAGCAGUGA